CGCUCUCACCGUACGAGUCAGACAGAAACCGUUCCCCUCCCCACUCAAUCUUUUCCCCCUUCUCCUUCUAAAACUCUAUCAAGAUGUCCGGAGCAGCAGCCUCAGCCGGCGCCUCGAAGUUCCAGGCGUUCAUGAACCACCCCGCAGGUCCUAAGACGGUGUUCUUCUGGGCUCCGAUGAUGAAGUGGUGCCUCGUCGCUGCUGGCGUCAAGGACCUCUCUCGACCGGCAGACAAGCUGAGUGUGUCGCAGAACGUCGCUCUGGCUGCAACGGGUUUCAUCUGGGUGCGCUAUUCGCUGGUCAUCACGCCGGUGAACUACAGUUUGGCUGCGGUCAACUUCUUUGUCGGCGCGACGGGAUUGAGUCAACUUGCUCGUAUCGCAAACCACCGAUUCAACAACCCAGAAGCCAACAAGGUGUAAAAGACACGAACCGAGAUGCUGCCCUUCUUUAUUCGUAUCCAUACCUUGUUCUACGGAGUCGUUCUGAUUAUAAUACAUCGCUAUUAAAAUUCAACACAUGGCUCGACAUUACAUUCAACCCAUAAAUAUCCCAGAGAUGUCACCGUGACCUAGAGCUUCUGCUCCCCUCGUUCUCUUGCGUAUCUGAAUCGGCGUCGCCAUUGCCGCUAUUGCGCCCCGCAAAAAGGCCCUUUGCGGUGUCCCACCAUCCUCCAUCUAGCAGCACCUUGGUCGCGGCGCCCGCGAUAUCCGAGAUUAUCUGCUGGGCUGCGUCCCCCUGGUCGCCCGCCGCCGCGUUCUCGCGGUACUGCCAAUCGCGGUGCUCCUCGAAUGACUCCCACGGCUUGGGCCUCGAUUUGCGUUCGCGCUGGGCCUUGCUCUUGGAGCGCGUCUGGCGCGUAGAUUGACGUGGCGCGUAGUUUCCCCCAACACCAUUGCGAUUGCCGCCUCCUCGCUGGGUACCCGGUACGUUGAGCAGCUCGGCGAGCAGGCCGCCGACAGCGCCGAAAAUCCCGCUGGGGCCCAGGCCGAGGUCGUUGCCGCCCUGGUUGCCUGCGAUGUACCCGGCAAAGCCGACGAAGAAGCCGAAGAUGCUGCCCCACUUGAGGAACCAGAAGAGGGUGCGCACCAUCCAUGAGGUGGUGCGGUAGAGGCUGAGGAGGGCGAGGUAGGCGGCGAGGAAGGUGAUGAGUGGGGGUAUGACGGUUUGGGCGUCCCACUCCCAGGGCCUGGAGGAUAUCAGGGAGGACGUAAGCGAUACACCAGCGGUGACGAGAGCGAGGGCAUGGGAGAGGAAGCGGACGAGGAGGGAGUAGGCUGGACUGGGGAGGGCGUCUGCGAGGUAGUCGAGCAGGGGGUCGAGGAUGGGCGGGAGCGGGAUAUCCGACGGGUCCAUGUCCAUAGCGCUCGCCUGAGCUGUGGUGUGAGCUAGUGUAAGCUGCGAAAGUUCUGCGCGCUUGCCCGCUGUGGACUGGAGGUUGACAGGUUCACAGCUGGUACGUUGACGGUGUAGCGCCUUUGGUGUUUUGUUCUGUGC